CAUGCACAAUUUCAAGGUAUCUUUCAAUUCACUCCGUCCCGUAAAGUUAAUCAGCUUUUCCAUUCUCGUACUCAAGCUGCUAAAUCCACUUUUUAAAACCAGUAAUGAACCUAUAAAUCAAACUUAAAUCUCAAUCAAUCCAACAAAAAACAAAAUGAAAUUCAACAAUAAACUCCAACUUCUACUCACCCUCCUCUCAAUCUCAACCCCAAUCAACACCAAAUCAUUCAAAAUCGAAGAGGCAACGAUCAAACAAAUCCAAACCGCCUUCACUGAGCACAAACUAACCUCAACCCAGCUCCUCAACUUCUAUACUGGCCAAAUCAAAUCCCUCAACCCAAUCCUCCGCAGCGUCAUCGAACUCAACCCGGACGCACAGUUUCAGGCAGAAAAAGCCGAUGAAGAGAGAAGAAAUGGCAAGUGUUUGGGUGAGUUGCAUGGGAUUCCGGUGCUGCUUAAGGAUACGAUAGCAACUAAGGAUCGGAUGAAUACGAGUGCUGGCUCUUACGCGUUGGUCGGGGCGGUGGCGCCGAGGGAUGCGGGGGUGGUGGAGAAGUUGAGGGAAGGCGGGGCGGUGAUUAUGGGGAAGAGUAGUCUGAGUGAGUGGUAUAAGUUUCGGUCUUUGAGUGGCGUUCCUAAUGGGUGGUGUGCGAGAACUGGACAAGGUGUGUGUAUUGAAUGCUUCAGCUUUAUGGAAAACAUGCAGAACCCUUACUAUUCAGCUGGGGAUCCAUGCGGAUCGAGCAGUGGAUCAGCAAUUUCUGUUGCAGCAAAUAUGGUGUCGGUUUCACUUGGAACUGAGACUCAUAGCUCGAUCAUAUGUCCCUCGGAUCAUAACUCUGUUGUAGGAUUCAAACCCACUGUUGGACUUACUAGCCGAGCUGGUGUUAUUCCAGUUAUGCCCAGCCUGGACACUGUUGGGCCUAUCACCAGGACAGUGUCUGAUGCAGUUUACUUGCUUGACGUAAUUGUGGGUUAUGAUCCGAGGGAUCAUGAAGCAACAGCUGAAGCUGCCAAGUUUAUUCCUGUUGGUGGUUACAAGCAAUUCCUCAAUCCAAAUGGGCUCAAAGGAAAAAGAUUAGGGAUUGUUAGAAACCCUUUCAUGAACUUGUUGAAUGAAUCUAUAGUUUCUGCUUUUGAGCAUCAUCUAAACUUAUUAAGGAAAAAAGGUGCCACUGUAGUGGACAAUCUUGAGAUACACAACAUAAAUCAGAUUAUCAGUCCAAAACAAAGCGGUGAAUUUACACUCAUGAUGGCCGAGUUUAAGCUUGCCUUAAAUGAUUACUUGAAAGAGCUUAUCACAUCUCCUGUGAGGUCGCUUGCGGAUGUUAUUGCCUUCAACCAAAAUAACCCUGAAAUUGAAAAAAUCAAAGAGUAUGGUCAGGACUCAUUCAUAAUGUCAGAGAAAACAAAUGGCAUCGGCUCAAAAGAGAAGAAGGCAAAAGAGUUGAUGAAAAGGCUGUCAAGAGAUGGAUUUGAGAAGCUGAUGAUGGAAAAUAGUUUAGAUGCUAUGGUAACACCUGGUUCAGGCGUUGUCUCCGUUUUGGCGAUUGGAGGAUAUCCUGGAAUUACUGUCCCAGCUGGGUAUGAUGGAAACGGAAUGCCAUUUGGUAUCUGUUUUAGUGGAUUAAAGGGAACUGAGCCUACGCUAAUUGAGAUUGCUUACGAUUUUGAACAAACUACCAUGGCAAGAAGGCCUCCUUUUCUCAAGACUUAUCAAUUGACAAGAGAUCCUCUCUUUGGAAGUAUAUAGUUGGCAUCAUGCUUAGGACUGCUUAAACAUUUCUGCAAAACUAAAUUUGAAGAGUUCAAUGACUCAUAUUUUAUGAAAAGAAAUUGUUCAACCA